AAAUAAUUAAUAUUAAAAUGUAAAACUAUAUUUUAUGCCACGUGUCAUCUUUCGGGAGAAAUUUUUUCCGCUGAUGUGGACGCCCUAUGGAGCCUCAAAAGCUCCCUUUUAUUAGUAGAGAUUAAUUUUAUUUACUUACUAGUGGUGUGUCCGCGCAACGCGCGGAGUGAUUGUCUUUUGGUCUAAUUUGUAUUAGUUGAUGUAGCUAUAUUUUAAGCUAUAGAAUUUUGUAUAAAAGUGAGUUGUUGUUGUUGUUUUUUAUGAGAAAACAAUGGUGAGAAAUAAAAAUAUAUAUUAAUGAGGACAAAUCAUUUAUAAUUAUUUUUAAAAAUUAAAAUCAAAGUACAUAAUAGGACAUAAAUGAUAUUAGAAUUAGUAUCCAAUAAACUCUUUUUAACUUUUUAAUUAAGCUAGCAUCAUAGAUUACUUUCUUAUAUACCGGAUAACUUUUUUUUGUACGAAUCCAUUGAUUAAUGCAAGCAAAAUGGAAAUUAUGGCCGAAAGUAAGAGAGCAAAGAUUGUUUCCAUCCUUGUAAUUUCGGAAGCAUACAACGCAUAUAUCAUUUUCUUUCUCUGUAGUUGGAGGCCUAUUACUACCCUCUAGAUCGGUGAUGAUCAGAUCAACGUCUAGUCUUGAUGUUGCGUUUUGGUUAUAGUCUUUGAUAAUUAGAGUAACUUGAAGAUCAUUAACUAAGAUAUUUCUGACGUCUCUUACUUCAUUCAUCACGUAUUCGAUAGUUUCUUCAAUGAGGAAUGUUGAGUCGAGGUAAUAAAUAUCAUGAUAUGUUAACAUGUAUUCCAUGCUCUCAGUUAUUAAGUCAUUAAAAUUACAUUCGCUGUCGAUGAUAGAUGGUAGCUAAAAAUCAAUGAUGGAUUAUUGUGUGUUGGAUCUGUGGAUGUAGUAGUGUUUGCUUUGGGUUUUCACCUGAACAACUUGUUUGAUGUGACAGCCGAUGAGAUAUAAGUGUUUGGUUACUCAUUCUUGGAGUAUUUGUGGGAGCAUAAGGUAUUGUAGAAACGUAUUAUAUAGGGUGAGGUUAAAAAGAUGAAUUAAUUGCCUUCUUCUAACUUUGGUUUUAAAGAUCAUUUAUUCAUGGGUGUUAAAUUUUUUGGAGUUAUUUUUUUUGUAUUGAAUUGCCUUUUUUAACGUUUUACAGGUUCUUUUUUAUCAAGACUAUGUAUUAUUUUCAUAUUGUGUUUAUUUUGAAGAGACUUUCAUAGUAUUAGUUGUUAUGUAGCGUUCGGGUUUAGUAAUAAUAUAACUUUAAUUUUAAAUUGUUAAACAGUAUAUGGUUUAACUAACCCAAGAUAUUUGUGCUCUUUAUUGCAAAGUUUGUAUAUGGAGUGUUGUUUUAUAACUAAAUGAGUCAUAGCUAAGCUUUGCAUGAAUUUUAUAUAAUUCAUGGUUGUAGUGGAAUAUUUUUGUUUUGUUUUGUUUUCGCAGGGAAUGGGUGAUAGAUAUAUAUACUGUUCUGUCGUUUUUUGAGUUGCGUUAUCUGUAAAUAUGAGAUUUUUUUUUUCAUGGGACUGCAAGAAAAAUUAAAGGAAAUUGUUUGAAUGUAAUUUAUAAGGUAUUUUAGGACCUUAACUUAUGUUUUGGUACUUUUCAAUACACGAUUAUGAAUAUAUUUUAUUUUAUUGGUGCUUUUAUAUCAGUGAUAUGUACUUUUUUAUAUAUGUUUUACUAAUUUUUCAAGACAGUUAAAGCAAUAUGGACUUAUUUGGGCAAAUCAAAAUUACCUCUUUUUGGUUUUUUCUUUUCAUUUAUUCUUUAAAAUCAAAAUAUAGAAAGUUUAGAGUCUAAACUCUUUGAAGCAAAGAAAUAGAUAAACUGGUGGAAUUGAUCUCUUUUCUAAAAGGAGAUAAUAACCCACUUAUUAACUUAAAUCUCAAUAGCGCAGAUCUUCAUCGCUCCAAAACACUUAUUUAUAACUCGACCUUGGAUAUGUUACAAACACCGAUUGUUAAUGAGAAUAAAUGAGACGGAGUGGAAGAGAGGUGGGGUGAAACUUAAUGAUUGAAUUAAAGUUUCAUUUUAAUAAACAUGGAAGACGUUACAUGAAUAUGUGAUUGGGGACGAUAGAAGUUGAUGGCUUUCAGAUGAAGACGAUAUAGCUAACCUUAAAAAAGAAACGGGCCGCUCAAUAAAUAAAUAGAAAGCCUAAGAAAGUCCAAAGAGAAAAGAAAGAGAAAAUCGUGUGUUCGAAGCAAAAGAGUAAAGAAGAAGUUGUCUCUGCUCGACACGUGGUACGAUAUGGAGAUAGGAGAGAUGAGGUGGCAGCAUGUGGAGCUUUUCUCUUCUACUUUAUUAAUAUAGAUAUCUAGGGGCAGGCACGAUGCAAGUAAUUGUCGAUUCUUGGUUACUUGCUACUUGACUUACCUUGUCCGAGUAAUUUUUUUGCGACUUGAUACUUGACUUACUUGAAAUAAGUACUUGUUUUAUCAAGUAUUUAAAAAAAAAAUUGAUACUUGCAAGUAAUUUGCAUUAUCUUGUUAUUUGCUAAACCAAUUAAUUAUCUCUUGAUUACAUACAAAAAAACAUAUAUAUUUUAAAUUUUUAACAUCCAAAAAUUACAUGAAUUUUUUUUAAAAAUAGAUAAAAAUUAAAAAUAAGCGUUCAAAAUAUUGAAAGACCAUAUAAAACUCAAUAUUCUUCCAUUUUAUUUCGAUGUUCCAAACUUUUUUACAAAUAACAAGUAUUAUUUAGCAAUUAACAAGUAUUUUAUAGAACGAGUAUGGUAAGUACCAAAAAGGAAAACAAUACUUGAUAUUUGUCUUGUCUUUGCAAAUAGUAAAUUUUUUUGAUUUGUUAGUUAGUUUUUCAAGGCGAAUACGGAUCAAGUCUGAAGUAUAAGUCGAGUAUCUAGUAAUGAUGCCCAGCCCUACUUAACCGUUUAAAUUUGAGCCAAAGCAAAAAAAUUCUUAUAGGGUUUUAGUGAAAAAAGAAAACCGAAAAACCUCAGAGUUCGUUCUUCCUUCCAUACGAUGAGCCUUGUUCAGAGAGCGCUUUGGCGGAUAAUGGCUUCUCGUCGUCCGCGUCUUUUCUCGAGCCCACUCUCUCCUUCUCUUCACCGUCACUGCUCAUCUCUCUCCCCAACUCCCAGGAUAAAUUUUCAGUUAGCCAAGGUUUUGAGUCAAGGGCUGAUACAAAGGAAUGCAAUUUCAACGAGGUCCUUUAUGUCAUCAACCAUAUCCACCGAGUCCUUCCAAGAGAGCAGCGCCACGUCUAAGGGUUACAGCUCCGAGCAAAUCCAAGUGCUGGAAGGAUUAGACCCUGUCAGGAAACGCCCAGGGAUGUAUAUAGGGAGCACUGGACCUCGUGGUUUGUAUGUUUAUGAGAUACUAGACAACGCUAUUGAUGAGGCUCAAGCUGGUUAUGCUUCAAAAGUUGAUGUUGUUCUGCACGCAGAUGGUUCAGUUAGUAUUAUGGACGAUGGGCGUGGGAUACCUACUGAUUUGCAUCCUGCGACAAAAAAAUCUUCACUGGAGACUGUUCUUACGGUGUUACAUGCCGGUGGCAAGUUUGGUGGCACAAGUAGUGGUUACAGUGUGUCUGGUGGAUUACAUGGUGUAGGUUUAUCAGUUGUCAAUGCUUUGUCUGAGGCCCUGGAGGUUACGGUUUGGAGAGAUGGGAUGGAGCAUACAACUGCGGUUGAGUUCGAUCAUAACACUAUUGCUGGACGAAUCAGGGAGCUUGCAUUUCUGAAUCCAAAGGUAACCAUAUCUCUCAAAAACGAGGAUGAUGAUCCUGAGAAGAACCAAUAUACUGAACAGUUUUAUGCUGGAGGAUUAAGUGAAUAUGUUAGUUGGCUAAAUACUGAUAAGGUGAGAAUCUACACCACAAUUGAUGACGUGCUUGGCUUCAGGAAAGAGAUCAAUGGUGCCAGCAUUAACGUUGCUCUUCAGUGGUGCUCAGAUGCAUAUUCAGACACAAUGCGGGGAUAUGCCAAUAGCAUUCGCACUAUUGAUGGUGGAACACACAUCGAAGGUGUGAAAGCUUCAUUAACAAGGACCCUUAAUACCCUUGCAAAAAAGUCUAAGGCAGUUAAGGAGAAGGAUAUAAACUUAAGUGGAGAACAUGUUAGAGAGGGGUUGACCUGCAUUGUCUCAGUCAAGAUUCCUAAUCCUGAGUUUGAAGGUCAAACAAAGACAAGAUUAGGAAAUCCAGAGGUGAGAAAAAUCGUUGACCAGUCAGUUCAAGAGUAUCUCACAGACUAUCUGGAAUUGCAUCCAGAUGUAUUUGAGAGAAUUAUUUCCAAAUCCCUUAACGCUUACAAGGUGCUUCCUGGGAAACUUUCUGAUUGCUCAUCAACAAAUCCUGAAGAAUCUGAGAUUUUUAUAGUCGAAGGAGAUUCUGCUGGUGGCAGUGCAAAACAGGGACGUGACAGACGUUUUCAGGCGAUUCUUCCUUUGAGAGGUAAAAUUCUGAACAUUGAAAGAAAGGAUGAAGCAGCCAUGUAUAAGAACGAAGAGAUUCAAAAUCUGAUUCUUGCCCUUGGCCUUGGUGAAAAGGGAGAAGAUUUCAAGUUGGAGAACUUGCGGUACCACAAGAUUAUCAUCUUAACAGAUGCAGAUGUUGAUGGUGCACAUAUCCGGACGCUUCUGCUAACCUUUUUCUUCAGAUACCAGAGAGCCUUGUUUGAUGCUGGUUGCAUAUAUGUUGGUGUUCCACCUCUUUUCAAGGUUGAGAGGGGAAAGCAAGCACAAUAUUGCUACGAUGAUGCAGACCUUAAAAAGAUUACAGCAGACUUCCCUGCAAACGCUUCCUACAGCACUCAAAGGUUCAAAGGUUUGGGAGAGAUGAUGCCUGAGCAGCUUUGGGAAACAACGAUGAAUCCAGAAACAAGGAUCUUGAAGCAACUCGUUGUUGAUGACAUAGCAGAAGCGAAUAUGACUUUCUCCUAUCUUAUGGAUGCUCGGGUUGAUGUCCGGAAAGAACUCAUAAAAAAUGCAGCGACUAGGAUAAAUCUGCAGCAUCUCGACAUAUAACAGGAAACGCCUGGAGAUUUGUGAAAGUAUAUUUUUUCUCCACCUAUUGGAGACGUCAUCUUUAGAUUAUUUUAAUCGGAGACAUAUUACUAUAUUAAUGGAAAGUCUCCCACUUGUUCAACAUGUUCUUUAGUUGGAAGUUAUUCAGUUGAUACUUUUUUUGUGUAUUUAAGUAAUGAGUUGUUUAUGGAAUGCGAUACGAAGAGAAAAUUGAAAUAAAUUGUUUCUUAAGUCUUUAGGAUCCAUCAUGUUGUUGCGACUAGAAAAACAUGCUUUGUGGAAGCACCGUAGCCUAUUGGUUAAGGUUUAAAGGCUUUUACAUCCAGGUCUGAGGUUCAAAUCCCAGACUAUGCAAUUUAUUGCAGAUUACAGGAAAUCCAGGUUUCACGUCCCGGAGAGAGCGGUUUAUUAAACAAUUAUGCAGACUAUAGAGGAAAGGUUUGCAAGGGAUCUUCAACAUGGUGCAAGUAAAUCUGGCCAGGCGUGGAUCUUCAUAGGACGGCUCAGGUGAUGCAGUUAGGCGUAGGUCUUCAUAAGGCAGGUAGUAUUGUCGGUUGUCGAAUCGUCUAUGUAAUAUUUCCUCUAUCAUAAUUGUAAGAUCAUGAUAAAUCAGCGUUAUAAAAAAAAAGAAAAACAUGCUUCGCACAGUUGAGAUAAACAUAUCCUUUCGUAAGAGUGCACUUAAUGUAUGGUUAGCUCCGUGGCCCGUAUGUCAUAAUUUGAUAAGUUGACCACUUAUUCUUACGGCUCUCAUGUAGUACAACCUUUUUCUACGAGUUAACAAUGUUGGGAUCCCAACACAUGACACAUGCUAAAAGUAGAAUAUUUCAUCGAACUUUAGUCUUCUAAGCAAUUCUGACAAAAGUACUGCCAUGUGUCACUAUUAGAUUGGUUACUAGAAAAUUAUCAAUAAAAUAAUAUUGAGCCGAUUAAAUCUUAAGAGCACAUACAACGCGAGUCCGUAGGUGCAAUCCAUAAAAAAAACAAAUAUUAAAAUAUUGAUUUUGUUGGUUUCUGUGCCGGAUCGAGAUCGAAAAGUCCGAACCUAAGAAUUGAUCCAAGUGGAGUAUUGUUACUGUGUCGCGGGCUCCACGAUACGUGGCGGUCCACGAUUAGUUUAUUUUUUUUAAAUUUUUUUUUUCAAUUAGAAGAAAAAAGAAAAAAACUAAUAA